AUGGCGCCCUCCAAGACCUCGUGGGACGACGAGGAAGAAGACAGCACCCCUCCAUCCUCCCCACCAGCCGUUGCCGUCCGACGAGGCAAGUUCGACGAUGAAGAAGACGAGGACGUCCUGGAAUCAUGGGACGCCGCCGAGGACAGCGAGGAAGAGCGCGAGAAGGCAAAGAACGCGGCCGAGGCCAAGGCCAAGGCUGACGCAGCCGCAAAGGCGGCCCACAAGAGCAAGUCCGAGCGACUAGAGGAGAUUCGCGAGCAGCGGCGCCGGCAGAAGGCUGUAGAGGAUGACGAAGAGGAGAGCGGAGAUGAGGAUGAGGCCGACAAGAGGGCAAGACUACGGGCGUCUGAGAAGGAAAGCGACUUGCAGCACGCCGAGGACUUGUUCGGCGGCGUGGGUGGUGUGCCUGCAAGCCGUAGCGCUCCCAAAGCCAUCACCGUGCAGGAAGGCGACGACCCGAACGACGCCAUCGACCUCUCUAAACUCAAGAUCUUCAACCCUACCAAUGCCAAGGACUUUAACAAGCUGCGAGAGGUGUUGGUGCCUCUGCUGAACCAGAACGGCAAGAAGGCACACUACGAGCUGUUCAUGAAGGAGUUCACGAAGCAGAUAGUAAAAGAUUUGAACAGCCAGCAGGUCAAGAACGUCGCAAGCGUCUUGACGACGAUCAGCAACGAGAAGAUGAGGGAGGAGAAGGCCGCAGAGAAGGGCGGCAAGAAGUCCAAGGCUGCCAAGACCAAGACCACCCUCAAUGCGAACAAGAACCUGGCACGCGACGCAGACACGGCGGCAUACGAUGAUGAUGGUCUCGACGAGUAA